UUUCAGGACCGUCAUUUAAAACGUAAUGGAGACCCUGAGCCAAUUGUUGACCCCUCACAGGACUACAUGCUUAUGCUGGGUUAUGAAAAUAGAACGCAUACUGUACUAAGAUUUCGUAGGAAACUUGAUACUUGUGAUAAUGUACAUGACAUAGCAAUAACGAAUGAUACAAUGCGUAUUCUAUACAUGUAUAAUGAGAAUGAUCCACCACACGGGUCUGUGAGAUCUAGUCCACUACCAAAUUCCGCAGCAUCAUUUCAUCCUUAUAGGCCAAUAGUGCUGACACAACGACCACAUAUACACUACCGGCAUUUAGAACAUAUUCGCAUACUGGAACUACGCAAUGAAGAUGUUGAACUGCCGAGAUUUGAUGACUCGUUAAUUUGGUGUAAAAUGUUUAAAUUGGACGACAUGAAGCAUAAACAUCAUUUAAUAAGGUAUGAACCCAUAUACGAUUCUCCAUCCAGUGUCCAUUAUUUACAACGCAUAACUCUAAGAGAAUGCCAUGGCAUGCAUCAGGAACUGGAGGAAAUGGCACGCGAACAAGGAAGACAGUGCAUGGGUGCUCGUGAUAUUCCAUUAGCAUGUAAUGCUAUAGUUGCCUCGUGGUCACGCGGCUCUAAUAGUUUUACAUUCCCAGAAGAGGCCGGUUACCCAAUGGAAUCUCGCCAAUCCAAAUAUUAUCUUAUGGAAACGCAUUAUAUUAAUUUACAGCCUGAUAUAAAACAACUGUCAGCGAGGCAAAUGGCCGACAACUCUGGACUAAAAAUUCAUUUUACUCAUGUAUUACGUCCUUAUGAUGCAGGAGUGCUAUCAAUUGGCAUGGAUCCAAAUUGGCGACAUAUAAUACCACCUGGGCAGAAUCAGGUGGUGUCGGAAGGGCAAUGUGUGGAAGACUGUACUGCAUAUGCAUUUCCACCCGAAGGCAUUCAUAUAUUUGCAGUAAUGAUGAGCACCCAUCUAAUUGGGAAGGAAGUUAAACUACGACAGAUUCGGCAAACCGAGGAACUACCACCAAUUGCAUACGACAGCAAUAUAGACGUCGCCUAUCAAGACUUUCGUCGUCUGUUAACACCCGUCCAGGUAUUGCCUGGUGAUAGACUUGUAGCUGAAUGCAUUUAUGACAGUUCCUCACGGAAGGCAAUAACACUAGGUGGUUUAACUAUGAAGGAGGAAAGUUGUAUUGUAUUGACUCUUUACUACCCGCGACAAAAUAAGCUAACUACCUGUCAUUCACUUCCGAGUCUGCCAACAGUUCUUCACUCGCUCGGCAUUGAGCAACUAGCAACAGAUUCAAAUCCAGUACUCAUAUCUUCUCCUCCAGAAUUGUCCGGAAUGACUUUAGAGACAAGACUGCUAUCAUAUGACUGGCAAAAUCAUUUUAAUGAAUUCCAAGAUGCAACCAGAAAAGGUUCAUUUAAGCCACUUUGUUGGGGUGCAAAAAAUCAUGUUGUACCGAAUACGGAAUACCUGGAGGGUUACAACGUAAACAUUACGAAAUCCUAUAGAAAACAGAAACACUGUAAACACAAGAGACUGUUUGUGACGGAAGAAACAGUGCCUGACAUCAACUUUCCUGUUCUACAUGAAGUCGACAACAACAACAUUAUUGAGGGUGCUGCUCGAAGCAGUAGAAGUUCUGCCACAGAUGGAUUAAGUGUAACCCACGGCUACAGUCGAACGAUUGCAACAACUUUAUCAUCUACAACAUCGUUUCUAAUGUUGCAGCAAGUAUUCAGGUGGUGGUGGUGCUUCCUUCCAUCGUGAAAGAUUUAAAAUGUCACAAAUUCACCGCAAUUGUGUAGGAAAACAUAUGAUAUUGCUACGUUGUGCAUUAAGGUAAAAUUCACAAAAAAAAAAAAGACACAAUGAAAGAUAAUAGGAACAUAAAAGUAAAAAAUAUAUUUUUUUCUUAAUUUUUUUAUUUUAUAUUCCCCUCCCAUAAAUGUAUUUUUGACGAUAUUUUUUAUUUAAUAUCGUAUUUUUUACUUUUUUAUACAUCUUUAUUAAAUUGAUUAAUUUAAAGCCAUUGGUGUAGGUAUG